CGCGCGCUCCUCCACGCGCUCAUUCCCAGACAAGCACAGGCACAUGAAACAUGGCAGAGCAGACACAUACCGGUCAUUCCCCGGGUUUAGAGGAGAAACAUCCAGCUCAUUCCCCGGGGUUAGGCACCGCUCGAGAGCAUGGCAUGAAUCUACAAAAGAGACAAGCGCGAGUUACAGUAAAAUACAACCGCAAGGAGCUCCAGAAAAGGCUGGACGUGGAGAAAUGGAUCGACGACUCGCUUGAUAAGCUAUUCGAGGGCAAGGACAUGCCAGAGGAGGUGAACAUUGAUGAUUUUUUGGAUCUCCCGAGUGAUGACAAGCGAGCACAAAAACUACAGGUGCUAUUGCAAACCUGCCCCAGCAGCACUGAGGCCUUCAUUGCUGAGUUGUUGCAGAAGUUGCAUGGUCUCCAUAAACAGGAAGACUUGCAGAAUGAGGGAAUUGAGCAUCCUUUUCUCCACAGUUACCCUCAUCAUCAUGGCAACUUCCAUCACAAAGACAGAUAUCAACAUCAGACACUGUGAUUGUAUCCCAGCGCUGCAGUUUGCAAAGUUUUAUUAUCACUGGACUGAGCUAACUAACACACAGCCUUUGGACAUAGCAUGCCCAACUUGUUUGCAAUCUGUAACAAUAAGGUGUUUGUUUACAAACUUAUAUUAGUGGAAAAUUAACUUUUUUCAGUUUUGAAGGGAUUACAAUUGGUGUUGUUUAUAUAUAUUUGUAUAGUAGAGUUGUCCUAAAAAUGAAUAUGGUUGCAAAGCAUUUGACUGCUUUGUGAACUGCAACUGUGUGAUGUUUGGUUACUAAAGUUUGAUUGAUUGCAAACUUGCAUAAUGCUAGUCUCACUAUUUAAAGUUAAAUCUGGUGCCAAUAGUUUUUAUGGAGUCUUUAUCUGUGCAACUUAACAACAGUUUACUAAGACACAUGUCCAGUGACAGGCUCGUAAGGAAAAUAACAAAACUGAGCAGUUGUUAUAUUGGCUAUAUAUGGAAAUAUAAACAAGUUUAAUAAUAUUUUAUGAACUGAAAGAUUUGAUUAAAUAAAAGUUUAACAAAAGAAGGACAGUUAUUUUGAAUCUGCGUGUGCAGCAGAAUGGUACUCGGGUGUGUUAUAACGUAGCGUCCACUAGAGGACGAUAUAACACUGAAGCGUUGCAGAGAUGAACUGGCCGUAUUUCCACUGUAGGGCCAAUUGACCAUAGACAGAACAAGAAUGUUAAAGGAAUUAAUUGUUUUUAUUUAUGCGUUUAUGAAUUUGCUCAUACAAAAGAAUGCAAAACUAGAAAAAAGUUCUGUUUUUAUGUUUAUAAUUAAUUAUAUAAUAAUUUAAAUUUUUGACCAAAACAAUGUUAUUUGCAAAACACAUGACCAUCCAAACAGUAUAAUUAUUCUUUUUUUUUUUACGUCUUUCAUGUGCUUAAAAAAUAUAUUUUAAAGGGAUAGUUCACCCAAAAAUGAAAAUUCUCUCAUAAUUGAUUUACCCUCAUGGCAUCCCAGAUGAGUAUGACAUUC